AUGCCUACCUCAAUUUUGCUUCAGAAUGCGACCAUUCUUGUCCCGUCUGGAGAUGCAAACGACUACGUGGUCCCCUUGCGAGAACACUCGUUGCUCAUUGAAGACAACAAAAUCACAAAUAUUGCGCCCCGGAUUACCCCAUUUUUGCAUGCCGAAGUUAUCGACUGUACGGACAAAAUCAUUGCCCCUGGAUUCAUAGACACUCAUCACCAUCUUUGGCAGACCCAGCUCAAGGGUCGCCAUGCGAAUCAGACGCUAGUGGAGUAUAUGCCCAACGGGUGUAUGCAGCAUGCAAACUAUACGCCAGAGGAUAUCUUCUGGGGAGAGCUUGGUGGCUGCCUCGAAGCCUUAGAUGCAGGUACUACGACUGUGGUGGAUCACGCUCAUCUGACAAGUUCACCGGCUCACUCCUCAAAUGGCGUUGAAGCCACAGUAUCAUCGGGUAUUCGGUCCAUCUUUUGCUACACACCCUCUAUGAGAGCCAAGACCUGGACACCGGAGAUGACUCUUGCCGGAUUGCUGGACGACUGGGUGUUGAAACAAUUUGACGAACUAUCCACUGCGGCCCCAUUUGGAGAUGGCCGGGUUCAAAUGGGCCUAGCCUUUGACGGACUAUCGCUUCCCAAAAACCAGGUCGUGUCCCUCUAUGACCGGGCGCGCAAGGCCGGUGCCAAGGUCAUCACGACGCACUAUGUACGGGGCACCUUCGGCUAUGACUCCGCUGUUGACCUCCUCGACUCAUAUGAUCUUCUGGGACCAGACAUUCUUCUUUCCCAUGCAAGCAACCUUACCCAGACCGAUAUCGAGAAGCUACAAAAAGCCAAAGCCUGGAUCUCUUCAACGCCUGACACCGAGCUGCAGAUGGGACACGGGAAGGUUGUCUGUUUUCAAGAAGGCUGCGAAGAGCUCAGUUCACUGGGGAUUGACUGCCACAGCAAUAACUCCAGCGACAUGGUAUCGCAGAUGCGUCUUGCCUUGCAGAGUGAACGGUCCCAUCGCAACGAGAAGCUGUUGGCCGAAAAGAAGGUCCCACAGUCGCUGAAUCUCAAUGUUCAAGAUGUUUUCCGAUUGGGCACAAUUCAAGGGGCGCGCGCCAUCCACAUGGAAGAUAAAAUCGGAUCGAUCGAGGUUGGAAAACUUGCAGAUCUGGUGGUCUUUGAUGGCACGAGCCCCGGGAUGAUUUGCGCAUCCGAGCACGAUCCCGUCGCCGCAAUCGUCCUGCAUUCUUCAGUUCGCGAUAUUGAGAUGGUGAUUGUGGAUGGCCAUAUUCGCAAGCGGGAGGGAAAGCUGGCUCCUGUGGAUAUCAGCCCGAUGCUACCCGGGGUGGAAAUAUCAGAAACGAGGAUGGAUUGGAGGCAAGUUGCUCGGAAGCUAAUUUCUAGUCGUGCGAGGAUUGAAGAGACCUUUUUAGAAACAAAUGGUAGCAAUCCUCAGGAAUUAGUGGACGCCUUCAUGAAGAUGUUUCAUCUGGGUACAGACCACUUUGUCCGACUAUGA